CCGUAUGCUGCGAACAUACUGCGAGAGCUUGCAUGGAUAUUGGUUUAUACGCUAUUGGCUUCUUGUAAACUUUGAAAUCAAUUUUUCUAUUGGACUGGUUCGGGGAGGCACGGGAUUGGAUAUAUUGGCUCAGUGGCGUGUUUUUUUUUUUUUAAUUUCUACCUGAAAAUUCUACAGGUCUCAACACAGUGGGAGUAUUGCUUUUCUUUUCAUAAUCCAUGGUUAACGAGAUAUUAUAGCGAGUAUAAAAGCGAAGUUUAGUGCAAGAUUUGGUAUAGUUAAUAUUUCGCUCCAGAUAUCAUAGAGAUUCAAUAUCAUACUUUUGAAUUUUUUUCUCUCGAAUUUGUCAUCUUGAAACGGGGUUCAUUUGGCCCAAGUUAGCAAAAUGUCGGUAAUUUUGAUGGCAUGUAAAAGGAAUAUAGCGAAUCGGGAUAUGUCUAAAAAGAAAAAAGUCAUCAGAAAGGCGGGUCAUGUUUCACAAGACGGCGUACCAAAGCUGACCACUGGCUGGGAAAUAGAGAUGGAUUCCAAGGAAUUCAAAAUCUCCUUCUCUCGGGAUAACUUGCACGUUUGGAUCAAUGGAGAACCCGUGGAAACUACGGCUUACAUAUCGGAUGAGGGCUAUGACGUAGAUAUGUUUUUCGAAAUCGAGGGUCAUAAAGGACAAAUUUUCAGUGACGUAGACAACGACAGAGAUGAGAUGGUGAACUAUCUCCUCAUCAACGAUGAAUGUGUAGCUAAAUGCAUUCAACAAGCUCAUUAGUCUCCUGUCGUACAAAAAAACAAUACCGACAGACCUACGCCAUUUUAUAGAUUUGUAGACUUGUCAGUCCAAAGCGUAUAUACCCGGUAGUGUCCCUUGUUGCAGUGUGUAUAGUAUAAUGCGUAAGGGAGCUUACCAUUGUAAUGGAAUGUUUAGAUUGCAAGUAAACCUUUUGAUGUAGGGAAUUUUUAAUUUUAAUUGUUAUGAAACUAUUUUAAAAAUAUAUCCUAAUCUUACAUGUACAUGUAUUUCAAUUGUAAAACUUUAUGUGGUAGCUAAUGUGAUCCAAUUAAGGUCCCAUAUCAUUACAUUAGUUGCUGAUAAGGAGUUGAGUAUACAAUAUUUUUUGUGGAUUUUUUAAAAUUUUUGACGAUGCUGAUUUUCCACCUCAAGAUACACACUCUAUU